CUCAAUUUAUUGGUGUCUUGUAAAAUGAGUUGAUGCAAACUAGAAGCUAACGCAUGGCUUUUCAUGCUAGCUAGCUAACAGUUGACCUCUAUGGCUGCAAGCUAACUAGCUAGCUUACUUGCUAUAUACAGCUAGACAGUGGCUUGCUCUCUGUUGAUUCAUUGAUUUGGGGUGGCAGGUAGUCUAGUGCGUUGGGCCAGUAACCGAAAGGUUGCUGGGUCGAAUCCCCGAGCUGACAAGGUGAAAUCUGUUCUGCCCCCGAACAAGGCAGUUAACCCACUGUUCCCCGCUGAACUUAUCAACAACAUGGACAAGAAAGCAACAUGGGACCGGUUCUACACAGAAAACAGCAAGGCAACCAACUUCAAGAAUUUUGAGUGGUUCUUUGGUUUCGACGCAAUCCGGGACUUCAUCUUGCCCAUGCUGCAUUCACAGCCCAACUCUGAUGUCCUACAUGUUCUAGACAUGGGCUGUGGUACCUCUGCCCUAGGACCCUGCAUAUACAGAUACUCUCCCUGGCCAGUGCAGGUGACCUGCGCUGACAUCUCCGCUAUUGCUGUGCGCCUUAUGCAGGAACACACAGAAACCAAAGCCCUGCAACCUCAGAACACUUCCUCUAAGCUGGACUUCUUAGAACUGGACUGCACUCAUCUCCACAAACACUUUGGUUCUGAGAGCCUAGACCUCAUUCUAGACAAGGGCACCAUAGAUGCCUUGCUAAGGUCGAGGGAAGGUGGAGCCAAGGCCAGCCAGGUGCUUAAGCAGUGCCUCAAGGUGUUGAGGGACUCUGGGUCUCUCUUUCAGUUCUCAGAUGAGGACCCUGAUGCCAGGAUGUUGUGGCUUGAGAAAGAGGGCCGGGAGCCGGGGGUGAUGGUUGCCGACGUGGGGGUGCAGGAGGUGGGGGAGCUAAGGGGGGUAACUUAUUACUGCUACCAAGUUACAGCUCGUCCUAUAGCACAGUAGAUUGUUUUUGUAUCGCUGCGUAGCUCCAUAAUGCACCCGAGUCAGGGAGUGAACAUGUUUUUGACAUGCAUGAGAUGCGACUGUAAUAAAUAAUUAAUUUCUUGAUCCAA